AUGAACUCUUCCUCCGCUACUACAGCCGAUGCCUUGACAUCAGCAGCCACCACCACCGCCACCACUCGCACGCCGACCACUAUUGCAGUGGCAACUAUCAACAACCACAAUCAUUCACAACAACAACAACAACAAGCAAAAUCCGAAUAUUGGGCACACAUCAAAGGAUUCACUGCAGGUGUCUGUAGUGGAGUGGCCAAAUUAGUGGUUGGUCAUCCCUUUGAUACUGUGAAAGUUCGUUUACAAACUGAAGGAUAUCACGGCAAAUUCUCUGGUCCCAUCGAUUGCCUCGUUCAGACUGCCAAAAAAGAAGGACUUCCGGGUCUCUACAAAGGAGCUCUUGUUCCCUUAUUUGGAUGGAAAAUUUACAUCGAGACCAACCAAACUAUCAACUCACCAUUAUGGAUCAUUCCAUUGCUGGAUUUUUUCGGAGGAAUGGCAUGCAGUUUUGUGGCUAAUCCCAUCGAACAAAUUAAAUCUCGACUCCAAGUUCAAUACAAUUGGGAUGCUUCCACUCAACGUUACAAAGGACCUUUCGAUUGUAUGAAACAAUUAUGGAGAAAUCAUGGAAUUGUUGGAUUCUAUACGGGAAUGAGUGGAACUUUAUGGUUUCGUUCAUUCUGUUCCAUCUAUAUUGGAUCCUAUGAAUAUUUCAAGCUCAAAUUGGCAAAUUGGAAUUCUUCAUUGCCAUCGAGUGUCAUUAAUUUCAUCGCGGGAGGAAGUGCUGCAACGGUCAUGUGGAUUUGUUGCUUCCCUGCAGACACUGUGAAAAAUCGAAUCAUGUCUCAACCUGAUGUUCCUAAAGCCGAAUUGAAAUAUAAGGGUUUAAUUGAUUGUGUGAAAAAGAUUUAUUUGGAAGAAGGUGGAAUGAAAGGAUUUUAUCGUGGAUUUGUGCCAUGUUUGCUGAGAUCCUUCCCUACGAAUGGAGCUUCGUUUUUGGCUUGGGAAUUGGCCAUGAAAUGGUUGCCUUAA